AUGUGGAGCAGCUGGGGGGUGGCGAGGCUAAGGCAGCGUGCGCAGUUGAUAGGUUUCUGUGUGCACCAGUUGCUGGACGGAGGAGUGGACCGGGACGGAGGAGUUGGAGGACGCGCUGGUGGCCGUUCUUUCUUUUGGCGCCUCGUUGCAGGGUUCCUUUGGGGGAACCUGCAUUUUAAGGGCGGGGGUGUGACGGCCCCCUCUGCUGGGCCUGUGGUGGCAGUGUUCAUAUGA